CAGAUGUCAGAGAUCUUUGAUCUACCGGCUGCAAACGACUAACGGAUAAAACAAUCGAUCGAGUUCACGCUUUGUCGUCUCAUACAUACAUACGUUUAUUUAUCGCGCCAAGUCGGUGGUUUGUGACCGUGGUUAUCAAGUGAUUUAUCCUUGUCGUGUAGUCAUUUGUCAUUUACGGAAAAUUCGUUCAAAUUUCUUAUUUUUUAAUGAAUAUCUAUAAAAGUGUAUAUUGGCUGCUUUAAGUGCUUAGUGCCAUAGAAGAGUGAUUCGGAAAGGGAUUUCGGAACGAUUCACGAACGAUUUGAAAAAUAAGCCCACGAGCAAAAUAUAACCAAAUUUAUAUGACAGCAAGAAAAAACCAAAAUGGAUAGAACAAUGUAUGGAAAAUUUGAUCCAGGUGCAAGGCAGCCAUAUCGCACAAUUCGAGCGAAAGGAAUACAACCCGGAUAUGCACUUCUUGCCGAUCUACAAAGCAGCGUGCCAGGCAGCCGCCAGCCACAGUAUAAUACCUCAAAUGUCAACUACGGCGAUAGCUCAGGUUAUGGAAGUUUGCGGGGAAAGGCAGUGCCACCACCCGUAGUGCAUCAAGAACACUACAGCGUUACGGAGAGAACUGCGGUGUCGCCAACGCGAAAUGUUGGUGGUUACAAUGGCUUAGUAGCGGGAAGCGGAGCGUCUCCGGUUGGCCAGUCCUACAAUUAUCAAAAUCAGGGUUCCCUUGGACGAACAGGUGGUGCCUACAACGGCACUUCGGCGCAGCAAAAUUCUAAAAACCUAUCAGAAUUAGAUUCACUGUUGGAGGACUUGAGUAAUGCGAGAUACAAUAGUAAUUAUGAGAAAAAAGAAAACAUAGUGCCAACGAGUUACAACUCUAUCUCCAAGUAUAAUACCUACAAUUCCAGCGAUGAACGGCCAACAAUUGAUAGUCUGCUUAGCGAAAUGGACAAUGCCUCGAAUUAUGCGGUACCAAAUGGUAGCCUUACCAAGUCACCGACACCUGGGCGCCACGUUAGUAUUACCGUGCGUGAGACAAAAACUGAAGCUUUCGCACCGGACGGACCAGUUGGUCUUGUUGAGAAGGAAAUCGUGCAACAUAAGGACACUUAUUUGGGAAACCAAGCGACACCAUCUGGAUAUGCCUCUUCUGCCACUAAAGAGUUGGAUGACUUAAUGGCAUCUCUAUCUGAUUUUAAGGUAAACAACGGUUCAAAUCACCACCACCAAACAGUUACCGACUACGCUAAACCGAACAAGGGUGUGUCACAUUUAACACAAACAAUCACCGAGACCACUACUUCUACCGUUGUAGAAGAUAACGAACCAGAUCAGUUGGAUUCUAUGCUUGGUAGUUUACAAGCCAAUAUGAGUCGUCAAGGAGUCAAUACCGUGCAAAAGGGUUGCUGCAACGCUUGCGAAAAACCAAUUGUUGGACAGGUGAUCACCGCGCUGGGCAAGACCUGGCAUCCGGAGCACUUCACAUGCAAUCACUGCAACCAGGAAUUGGGCACACGCAACUUCUUUGAACGCGAUGGCUUUCCCUACUGCGAGCCGGACUACCACAAUCUGUUCAGUCCACGUUGUGCAUAUUGUAACGGUGCUAUUUUAGAUAAAUGCGUGACAGCCUUGGACAAGACAUGGCACACAGAGCAUUUCUUCUGCGCACAGUGUGGGCAACAAUUUGGCGAAGACGGCUUCCAUGAGCGCGAUGGCAAACCCUAUUGCCGCAACGAUUACUUUGAGAUGUUCGCGCCCAAGUGCAAUGGCUGCAACCGUGCCAUUAUGGAGAACUACAUCUCGGCACUGAAUUCUCAAUGGCAUCCGGAUUGCUUCGUCUGUCGGGAUUGCAAGAAAGCGGUGAGAGGCAAAUCAUUCUACGCCAUGGAAGGCAAACCUGUCUGCCCAACAUGCGUGGGCGUCGAUGAGGAAGAAUAAACCGAAAUACAAUUUGCACUGAGUGGAAAAUUUAAUUUCGAAUUAUUGCAAUACGCGGUUUCUUUUGUCUUUGUUAAUUUUUGUUUUCGAAAAGUUCGUUUUUAUUAAUUUUGAGUUAAUUUGAUACUUUGCAAAUACCAAAUUAAGUCAGCUACAUACACAUAAAGUGCCUCGGAAAGAUAUAAACGGAAAUGUACGUAUGUAUAUGUACAUAGCCAUUACAUUUAAUCAGUGCGUGGCGGGUGCAAAAAUUAAAAACAAAAAUAAGCGCAGUAGCCAGCGUGCGUUUCGGCCGAUCAUUUUAAGAAACGCCGGAGCGCAAUGUUUCUAUUUUUGCUGAUAUUUCACGCAAGUAACUAGAAAAGCGGAUGGACGCGCGUAUGCAUACACAUACACACACACAAACACCACACACACACACAUACAUACACAAAUACACAAAACAUACAUACAUAUACACCUACAAACACCUGCAAUUCAAAACAAAAAGAUACAAACACCCACUCCAAAAUCCACUGUAACCUACACAACAAACACACAAACACACGCACUCACACACGAACAUCCACAAAUGAAGUCAAUUGGAUUCUGUUGCCAUUAAGCGUUCCAUUGAGAAAUUGAAUUUGAUUUCGUUUGAUUCUUCCUCAUCAUCACCAAAUGAAAAUUAUGUGUCGUCGUCGCUGCUGCUGCUGUAAUAAGUUUAUAAAUUUUGUAAAUUGCUUGUCAACACCCUCUCAACGUAAGCGUGGCAGUGCGUGCGCAUGAACUCAUUGACCAUUGGUGCUUUCGCCAAUGUCACAGUGAUUGCGUCCCUGUCCAUGCUGCAUGGCCUUAUGUUGUCCCUGAACUUUGAAUUUUUGCAUAGAAUAUCGCUGUGCCACAGUGCCUCAAGAACAUGUUUAAGAAUAAUAUAUAUAUCUAUGUAUAUAUAUAUAUAUAUACCUUAUUUCUAAUUGUCAAACUAAAAACUAACUAAAAUAGUAUCGAAUGGAUGGAAUUAGAGGAAGAGGAAAGCAGAAGUGAAAGUAUAAACUAACAAGUCGAAUCAAUUAUGAACUAGGCUAAGUUAAGCUAUUUUUAAAUACAAGGCAAUA